UCAACUGUGUCAAAAACAAACAAGCGUCUCACUGAGUCUGCGCCUUUGAGCCACAAGAAGGCGGGCACCCCAAGACGGCAGUACACAAGAGUUGGUUAUGUGAUCUUAUAUAGCGUCUAAGCUUGUCUUCGUUGAAGACAGGAACACAGAGAGCUAAGACUAUGGACCACAACGUGAGACUAGCCUUGUUGGUCGUCCUGUUGUUUGUGUACCUGUUCAUAUGUGCUGGUAUGUUCCACGCCCUGGAGCCGUGGACAGACGCUUCCUGGCUGAAGAACAGUAACUUCUCAUUCUCGCCAGAAGAUUUGAGAAACUCCACAGCAGAAAACAGAAAUGCCACAGCGCCCUUCCCGCUCGUGCCCAGGUCAUAUUUUGAGUCGUUUUUCUACAUGAUGUCAGUCAUCACAACCAUUGGCUAUGGGCACAUAGUACCAGUCAACGGUUUCGCCAAGUUCUUCACGGCUAUCAGUGCAAACUUUGGGAUCCCGCUAGUCAUCUACAUCUUGGCACACUUCGGCAGUAAAGUCAGCAACCUUGUCUUGGAAGGAGAGGACCGUUUUCUCCGCCGCGUACCGGGCCCGUACGGCCGUCGGACGGUCACCGUGAUGCUGGUGGAACUCUUUGGGCUGUUCUUCAUCCUGAUGGUCCCCGGCUCCAUCUUCGCAAGGUUGGAGGGCUGGAACUUUGCUGAUGGGACGUGGUAUGCGUUUGUGAGUGUGACCACCAUCGGGUUCGGGGACCUCGUGUCUGGUCAGAGGUACGCUGGUGUGGAGGCUGACCCCAACCUGCCCCUCUUCAACUUCUACAUUCUGUGCAAGUGUUGUUACAUCCUGGUUGGAAUGACGUGGGUGGCGACGCUCUGGUUCCUGAUCGCCGACGUUCUGCCUCCGGUCCGACCAGAAGGUCAGCAGGUCCAGAAGGCAGAAGAGCCGGAACCAGAACCGGUCCCGAGGGGCACCCUUCUGUCCAAUCAGGCUUGAGAUUAUUAAGAGAAAGGUCAUUACAACUCACUGCAGGCCGCUAGACUCUACCAGGCUUCGGGAGGUGGCUGGAAAGAGUAGAAAUUGGCCAAAUAGACAGAUAACAUGUUGGGGGAGGUGGUCUGCUAGAGAGUAUAUUUUUUGGUUGGCAGACUACUUUCUAGCUGACCAACUCCCCUGGCAUUUUAUCUCUCUAUGACCAAUUUUUACUCUUUCCAGCAGCCUCUCAAAGCCUGUUAAAAGGCUAGCAAUAUACCACAACAGUAUGGAAUCCAUAUACAAAGGAAGACAAAGAUAAACUGGAAAGGGUACAGAAAGAUUUUGUACGAACAACUAUGAAAGAGGGGCUAGUGUCUGAAAAUUCAAACAAACCUACAGUGGACUCACUCAAGACAGAAGAAAAAUGUUCAGACAAUGCAUGAUAUACAACACUGUGUGGCCGUACCAAGUACAAAAGAAGAAU